CUCGCCUGACUUUUGUGCCGGCGGAGCAGCGCUCCUGAGGCGCCCUCGCUGCCUGGCCUCGCCCUCGUGACUGCCUCGCCGCUUCUCUCCAGACCACAUCACCACCACCCGGGCAUCGCUGCGCGACCACCUCGGACACCUCACGACGCUUCACAUCUCUACUACAGGCCGCCUCUGCGUGCCGCCGGACCCCAGGGCACCUCCCGCUGCACCCGUGCCUGCCGCCCGGCGCUCCCGCGCACGCACGCCGCCGCCAUGACCCUCACGACGCUCGGCAUCGCCGCGCACGUCACGCCCACCGUCAUCAAGACGUUCUUCCGCCACUUCUACACGCAGGCCAAAAAGGGCCCCGAGGACCGCCGCACCGAGGCGACCGACGAGUUCCUCUUCCACCAGGCCUUUGUCCUCGUCAAGCGCUUCAUCGAGUUUGCCACGCACGACAGCGUCGAGUCGCUGCAGACGUUCACCAACACCUACGUGCCGCUGCCGCCGUGGGCCACGUCGGUGCCCGUGCUCAUCCCGCUCUCGUCGUGCAACGAGGCGGCGAAGGUGCUCAUCGACUACUUUGGCCCCGAGGACCUCAAGAACGUCGUCGGCGGCGAGCGCUGGUGGCAGAUCCGCGGCCUCAGCGGCGUCGAGGGCGAGUGGAUCGCGCAGACGGCCGAGUGGCGCGAUGCUACGCGCAUCGAAAAGUUCUUCCUCUUCUUCCAGCUCACCGCCAUGGCGCUGUGGGCCACGCUGCUGGGCCGCAAGAGCGCAAAGAAGCCCAGCCCGCCCAUCUCGCCCGAGACGGACGGCGAGGCGUCGGAGCUGGAGUCGACUGCGUCCUCGUCGGACGAUGGGCACGGGAACGACGUGCCGCCGGAGGAGCUCGACCGGCUAGAGCGAGUCAUGCUCUACAUCCACGGCGGCGGCUACUACUUUGGCUCGGUCAACACACAUCGCUUCAUGCUCAUCCGCUUCGCCCGCAAGUUUGGCGGCCGCGUCUUUGCUGUCAACUACCGCAAGGCGCCCGGCUACCCGUGGCCCUGCCCGCUGCAGGACGCUCUCGCUGCAUACCUCUACCUCACCCAGCCCCCGCCGGACGCGACGCACAAGGCUGUCGACCCGCGCAAGCUCGUCAUUGCCGGCGACAGCGCGGGCGGCGGCCUUUCGCUUGCACUGCUCGCGACGCUGCGUGAUAUGAACCUGCCGAUGCCAGCUGGUGCAGUGCUCAUCUCGCCCUGGUGCGACAUGACGCACAGCUUCGAGUCGAUUCUGCAGAACACCGAGACCGACAUCAUGCCCAAAUUUGGCCUCAUCCACAAGCCGUCGACGCUCUGGCCGGUGCCCGCUGUGGCCUCGCUGGAGGAGGACGAGAGCUCGGCCGCGCAGAGCCGCGCAGACUCGCCGCAGCUGGGUGUGCCGUCUGGCGUGAACAAGCACAACGGCCGCUCGAGCGGCGGCGAUGCUGCGAGCACUGGGAGGCGGAGCACCGCGUCGCGCCAGCCCAGCUCUGCUGCGCAAAGCCACCGCGAGGCGCACCAGAGCGGCGCUGGCGAUGCUUCGGGCGUGCCCGCCGCGCCCAAGUCGCUGGCUGCCAAGCCGCUGCUCGUGCCAGUCAAGGGCGGCGAGGAGGGCGAGGUGGUGGAGCUGCGUGCGCAGAUCCAGCUCUACGCCACCAACGAGCAGCUGUAUCACCCGCUCUGCUCGCCCGUGCUGCAGGGCUCGCUCGGCGGUCUGCCGCCGCUGUACAUCCUCUGCGGCGACAGCGAGGUGCUGCGCGACGAGGUCAUCUACCUGGCACACCGCGCCGCCGAGCCGGCGCGCUAUCCGCUCAGUGAGCAACUGCUGGCCGGCAACGCACGCGCCCGCGAAAACGCAGAGCGCUUCAACCACGUUCCGACGAAGGUGCACCUGCAGGUGUACGACGAGCAGUGCCAUGUCUUCACGCUCUUCGCAUUCACGACCUCGGCGCUGUACGCAUACCGCGGUGUGGCGUCCUUUGUCAAGCACGUGACGGGCGCUGCGACGAGCACGAUCGAUGCUCCUACCUCCGCAACGAGCGCGCAGACCAACGGCGCCCCCAAGCAGAAUGGCGCGGCAGCGAACGGCGAUGGGCACCGCGCGUCCACGACGAGCGCCACGAACAGCCUGCAGCCCACGACCGACUCGCCGCUCACGAUGGAGCCCAACGGCUUCUCGGACUCGCCCAUGUCUAACUCACACGACUCGGCUGCGCCCAAGGAUGCGCCGAAGUCGAACGGCCUCAGCGCCAUGCGCGCCGUCGACGGCCCGCGGCACGGCCAGGAGCUGCGUGACAAGAAGCGCCUCAACGCUACGUCCGGCAGCUCCAACACGUACGACGGCAACCUGCCGGUGCGCCGGCCGUCGUCGCAGCUCAUCCGCGAGCGCAUCUGCAUCCGCGGCAACGUGCGGCCACUCGAGCCCGAGGAGCUGCUGCAGGCGCUGCGCAUGGCGCGCGACGAGAUCGGCGUGAUCAAGGAGGGGCCAGUGCGGCGCUACCUUGACGGGCAGAAGGCUUGGGACGACAAGUUCGCCAAGGAGGCGAAGCGCGUCGAGAAGCGGCGAGCGCGCAACGAGGCCAAGGCUCACGAGAUGCUGAAGCGGGCCGCCAAGAUGGGCCUGCUCGAGCCCAAGUACCGGCCACGCCGCGAGUCGCACCCGACCGAGGCGACGUCACAGUGGACGGACCUGGCGCGCUUCGGCCCGCUCGACAUCCUCAACGAGACGCCGCCGCCGAGCGCCAUCGUCGGGCGGCGCGACACGGCCGACGCGCUGAGCCUGCUGCAAAUGUCGCUGCGCAUGCGCGAGCUCGAGAGCGGCGUGCAGAAGCAGCGCCGCUCGCGCCUCAACUUCCGCAGGGCGCCGCACCAGAGCGCCGCCGAGCGGCAGGUGCGCGACGACGACGCCUCUCAUGGUCUCAAUCUCUGGUCUCACCUGCUCGAGGGCUCCGCCGGCAUCGGCUCGACAAAGCCCAGCGAAGGUGGCGCAGCCGGCUCGCGGGCAUGAUCGACCGUGCCGCCAGCCUAGACGUGCCUAGACGUGCUGUUCCGCCUCCUCAUUGUGCCCUCCCCAUUACGCCUCCUCAUCGUGACCCCCUUGGAUCCCACAUACAGCUCGCGGAUGCAAAUAUACCACCCAUUGACACGAG